AUACAUGCCCUAACAAAACAGGCAAUGGUUAAUCAAGGUCGCAUCGCAGAUAUACAGGUGCGUGCAGCCCAUGAUGGUGAGCAACAUCGUUCAAGUUUCCCCACCCCAACUCGUCCUCUGGCCUUCCCGUUUAUAAUUAAGUGCUAGUUAGUAGUUACCAUCUACGUUACGGUACUUCGCCUAUUAGUACCGGGCAGGUGGUCAUUAGCCCACAGCCCAGAUCAGUGCGUGGCCACCGCGUUCCACUGUAGGAGCAGUAAGCUAGCAGGACGCCAUGGAAGCGACGAUGCUUCUCCUCCUAGCCCUCCUCCUCCUAGCACGGCAAUGCACGGCCUCCGAUGCUGCCGGUGAAGCAGGCGGGUUCAGCGUAGACUUCAUCCACCGCGACUCCGCCAGGUCGCCGUUCGCCCAGCCCUCGCUGCCCCCGCACGCCCGGGCGCUCGCGGCCGCGCGCCGCUCGCUCCGGGGCGCCGCGCUCGGGCGCUACGUCGGCGGCGCGUCGCCCGCGCCUGGGCCCGUGCCCGAAGCCGACGGCGGCGUCGAGUCCAAGAUCAUCACCAGGUCGUUCGAGUACCUCAUGUACGUGAACGUCGGCACGCCGCCGGCGCAGAUGCUCGCCAUCGCCGACACCGGCAGCGACCUCGUGUGGGUGAACUGCAGCAGCAACGGCGGCGGCGGCGGCGCCAGCGACGGCGCCGUCGUGUUCCACCCGUCCCGCUCGACGACGUACAGCCUCCUGAGCUGCCAGUCCGCCGCGUGCCAGGCGCUGAGCCAGGCGUCCUGCGACGCGGACUCCGAGUGCCAGUACCAGUACGCGUACGGCGACGGCUCGCGCACGAUCGGGGUGCUGUCGACCGAGACCUUCAGCUUCGCCGCCGCCGGCGGCGGCGGCGAGGGCCAGGUGCGCGUGCCCCGCGUCAGCUUCGGCUGCUCGACGGGCAGCGCCGGCAGCUUCCGCUCCGACGGGCUUGUGGGGCUCGGCGCCGGGGCCCUGUCCCUCGUGUCGCAGCUCGGCGCCGCGGCGCGCAUCGCUCGCAGGUUCUCCUACUGCCUCGUCCCGCCCUACGCCGCCGCCAACUCGUCCUCCACCCUCAGCUUCGGCGCCAGGGCCGUCGUGUCGGAUCCCGGCGCCGCGUCGACGCCGCUGGUGCCGUCGGAGGUGGACUCGUACUACACCGUCGCUCUGGAGUCCGUCGCGGUCGCCGGGCAGGAUGUGGCGUCGGCCAACAGCUCCCGCAUCAUCGUCGACUCCGGCACGACGCUCACGUUCCUCGACCCGGCGCUGCUGCGGCCGCUGGUGGCGGAGCUGGAGCGCCGGAUCAGGCUGCCGCGGGCCCAGCCGCCGGAGCAGCUGCUGCAGCUGUGCUACGACGUGCAGGGGAAGUCCCAGGCGGAGGACUUCGGCAUUCCGGACGUGACGCUGCGGUUCGGCGGUGGCGCCUCCGUCACGCUGCGGCCGGAGAACACCUUCUCGUUGCUGGAGGAGGGGACGCUGUGCCUUGUGCUGGUGCCCGUGUCGGAGUCACAGCCUGUGUCCAUCCUCGGGAACAUCGCGCAGCAGAACUUCCAUGUCGGGUACGACCUCGACGCGCGAACGGUCACCUUCGCCGCCGUCGACUGCACCCGCUCGUCGGCCUCCAGCUGACCGACAUGCGGACCCCUGUAAAAACAUGAGAAUAAGAUCAUUUGGUAUAAGAUGGAAAACUCUGUGAUCGUGGUUUGAGUUUACAUGUUA